AUGUACGUCAUCAUGUGGAUCACCUACAUGGCAUUUUUGCUUGUGUUUUUUGGAGCCAUUUUUGCAGUGUGGUGCUACAGGAAACGGUAUUUUGUCUCUGAGUACACCCCCAUUGACAGCAACAUAGCUUAUUCUGUCAACGCCAGUGACAAAGGAAUGGCUUGGCUCUUAACCUCCACCCUCCCUUCCUCUCCUGCUCUUCCAGGGGAGGCAACCUGCUGUGACCAGCUUGGUGCAGCCUUUGAGGGCUAUUUGAGGCGACUGUUUACAAAGUGGGGGGCUUUCUGUGUCCGAAACCCCGGCUGCGUCAUCUUCUUCUCGCUGGUCUUCAUUGGCGCAUGCUCUUCAGGCCUGAUGUUCGUGCGGGUCACCACCAAUCCCGUCGACCUCUGGUCCGCCCCCAGCAGCCAGGCACGCAGGGAGAGGGAGUACUUCGACACGCGCUUUGGGCCUUUCUUCCGCACAGAGCAGCUCAUCAUCCGGGCCCCCCAGACCAAAAAGCACACCUAUCAGCCUUACCCCUCAGGGGCUGAUGUGCCUUUUGGACCUCCGCUUGACAAAGACAUCUUGCACCAGGUUCUUGACUUACAGACAGCCAUCGAAAGCAUUACCGCAUUGUAUAACAAUGAGACUGUGACGCUGCAGGACCUCUGCUUGGCUCCACUCUCACCAUAUAACAACAAUUGCACAAUUAUGAGCGUGUUGAAUUACUUCCAAAACAGCCAUUCUGUGCUGGACCAUAUCAAAGGGGACGACUUCUUUGUGUAUGCGGAUUACCACACACACUUUCUGUACUGUGUGAGGUUUAUUAACUUUGUGAAAAACUACAAGAACCCCAACCUGACCAUUUCUUUUACUGCGGAACGAAGUAUUGAAGAUGAACUAAACCGUGAGAGCAACAGUGAUAUCUUCACUGUGGUCAUCAGCUAUGGUGUCAUGUUUGUCUAUAUUUCCAUCGCCCUGGGGCACAUCAAAAGCUGUGGCAGGCUCCUGGUGGACUCCAAGAUCUCCCUGGGCAUUGCUGGCAUCCUGAUCGUGUUGAGCUCUGUAGCCUGCUCCUUGGGCAUCUUCAGCUACAUCGGGGUCCCCCUCACCCUCAUUGUAAUUGAGGUCAUCCCAUUUCUGGUUCUGGCUGUGGGCGUGGACAACAUCUUCAUUCUGGUCCAGACCUACCAGAGAGAUGAGCGUCUGCAUGGGGAAACACUGGACCAGCAGGUGGGCAGGGUCCUGGGAGAAGUGGCUCCCAGCAUGUUCCUGUCCUCCUUUUCAGAGACCGUAGCAUUCUUCUUAGGAGCCUUGUCAAUGAUGCCCGCCGUUCACACGUUCUCUCUGUUCGCUGGAAUGGCUGUCUUCAUCGACUUCCUCCUUCAGAUUACAUGUUUUGUUAGUCUCUUGGGAUUAGACAUUAAGCGCCAAGAGAAAAAUCGUCUGGAUAUCCUUUGCUGUGUCCAGGGCGCCAACGAUGGCACAAGUGUCCAGGCCUCCGAGAGCUGUUUAUUUCGAUUCUUUAAAAACUCUUAUUCCCCGCUUCUGCUUAAGGACUGGAUGCGCCCAGUAGUGAUAGCGAUUUUUGUGGGCAUUCUGUCAUUCAGUAUUGCGGUUCUGGACAAAGUAGAAAUUGGAUUGGAUCAGUCUCUAUCAAUGCCUGAUGACUCCUACGUUAUAGAUUACUUCAAGUCCCUUAGCCAGUACCUGCACGCAGGUCCCCCCGUGUACUUUGUCCUGGAGGAGGGCCACAACUACACGUCUCUGGAAGGACAGAACAUGGUGUGUGGCGGCAUGGGGUGCAACAAUGAUUCCCUGGUCCAGCAGCUGUUCAACGCGGCUGAGCUGGACAGCUACACCCGCAUAGGCUUUGCGCCCUCAUCCUGGAUCGAUGAUUAUUUUGACUGGAUUAAGCCUCAGUCUUCUUGCUGCAGAGUCUUCAAUGUCACAGAUCAGUUCUGCAAUGCCUCAGUGGUCGAUCCUGCCUGUGUGCGCUGCCGACCACUCACCCCGGAGGGCAGACAGCGGCCCCAAGGGGAAGACUUCAUGAAAUUCCUGCCCAUGUUCCUGUCUGACAACCCCAACCCCAAGUGCGGCAAGGGGGGACACGCUGCGUACAGCUCAGCAGUUACCAUCUUGGGCAAUGACACCAGCGUUGGAGCCACGUAUUUCAUGACCUACCACACUGUGCUGAAGACCUCUGCUGACUUCAUUGACGCAAUGAAGAAAGCACGGCUCAUAGCCAGUAACAUCACGGAGUCCAUGGGCGUUCAGGGAGACCAGUACCGGGUGUUCCCAUACAGUGUCUUUUACGUCUUCUACGAGCAGUACCUGACCAUUGUUGAUGACACCAUCUUUAACCUUGGCGUGUCCCUGGGCGCCAUCUUUCUGGUGACCCUGGUUCUCCUGGGCUUCGAGCUGUGGGCUGCAGUGAUCGUGUGCGUCACCAUCGCCAUGAUCUUGGUCAACAUGUUUGGGGUCAUGUGGCUGUGGGGCAUCAGCCUGAAUGCUGUGUCCUUGGUCAACCUGGUUAUGAGCUGUGGCAUCUCCGUGGAGUUCUGCAGCCACAUCACCAGGGCGUUCACCGUGAGCACCAAGGGGAACCGACUGGGCCGUUCGGAGGAGGCGCUGUCACACAUGGGCAGCUCGGUAUUCAGCGGAAUCACACUCACCAAAUUUGGAGGGAUUGUGGUGUUGGCCUUUGCCAAAUCUCAAAUUUUCCAGAUCUUUUACUUCAGGAUGUAUUUAGCUAUGGUGUUGCUGGGAGCCACUCACGGAUUGAUAUUCCUCCCUGUCUUGCUCAGUUACAUCGGACCAUCAAUAAAUAAAGCCAAAAUGAGCACCACUCAAGAGCGAUACCAAGGCACAGAGCGAGAACGGCUCCUCAAUUUCUAG